AUGGAAGCAUCGCCAGCACUCACGGCUCCCUCUGUCGAGCAACAUCCGACAGGGUUUGGAGUGGGAGUUGCCUCUCCGCGCCUGUCAUGGCGGUUCCUUACCCCGUCCAACACAAGUGUUCAAGAAUGGGAACAAAUCGCAUACGAAAUUGAAAUAUCCCGUUCCAAAUCACUAGUUGAGACACACCGUGUCGAUAGUGCAGCCUCUGUCCUUGUCCCUUGGCCAGGCGAGCCACUGAGUUCGCGUGAGCGCGCCCGGGUCCGAGUGCGGGCAUUCGGCAAAUCUUCGGGUAUUCCCCAGAGCGAGCCCACCGACUGGUCGCCAUGGACAGAAGUUGAAUGUGCACUACUUUCCCGCAGUGAUUGGGCGUGCGCGCCGAUCGCAAGCCCGAGCUCCAAGGCGCUGGAGGGCCCCAUCCGACCCGUCAGAUUCCGCAAGGCGUUUCACCUCGACGAUGAGCGUGUUGGCCACGCUCGCCUGUACAUCACAAGUCUUGGAGUGUACAGGGCUUUCGUGAAUGGUCACGAAGUGGGUGAUCAAUGCAUGGCACCGGGCUGGACUAGCUAUCGUCACCGCCUCAACUAUCAAAUAUACGAUGUUGCCCCUCUUCUCAAUGCCAAGGGCCCGAACGUGAUUGCAGUCGAGGUCGCGGAAGGCUGGUAUGCCACGCGUCUUGGAUUCAAGGGAGGAGAGCGCAAUCUAUAUGGAGAUCGUCUUGCGGCCCUUGCCCAACUUGAAAUUCAUGCAACUGAAGAUGAUUCGCGCUUUGUUGUUGCGACCGACUCGACGUGGACAUGCAGCCCGAGUGCGAUUGUCAGGAGUGAGAUUUACGACGGGGAGAUGUAUGAUGCGCGAGAUGAGAAUCCCAAUUGGAACACACCAUCUUUGGAGACGGACACAGUCUCUUGGGUCCCUGUUGACGAAUUGCCCUUCCCGUCUGCUCAACUCAUUUCCCCUGACGCACCACCUGUCCGCGUCACCGAUGAGAUCAAACCAGUGGAUAUAUUGCAGUCUCCUUCGGGAAAGACUAUCCUUGAUUUUGGUCAGAAUCUCGUCGGUCGCAUUCGCAUCCACGUCUUGACAAAGCCCUCAGGCGCCCGGUUGACACUCAAACACGCCGAAGUCCUGGAACACGGUGAGCUCGGAAUGCGACCACUUAGGUUCGCAAAGUGCACCGAUGAGAUCAUUUUUGCCGGCAACGAACUAUCCAACUGGUCGCCGCAGUAUACCUUCCACGGAUUCCGAUAUGUCCAAGUGGACGGAUGGAGUGACGAAGAUCCACCCGUACUGGAAAGCCUGACAGCAUUAGUCCUACACACCGAUAUGACUCGGACGGGCUGGUUCGAGUGCUCUCAUCCGAUGGUGAACAAACUUCACGAAAACGCAUUAUGGAGCAUGCGAGGCAACUUCCUCUCCAUCCCGAGUGAUUGUCCCCAGCGCGAUGAAAGACUCGGCUGGACGGGAGAUAUUCAGAUCUUCACUCCGUCUGCCAGCUUCUUGUACAACACCGCUGGAAUGCUUGGAGACUGGCUCAAAGAUGUGGCAGCAGAGCAACUGCUUGAUCGCGAUGGUUGCGUCCCUCCCUUUGUCGUCCCCAACGUCAUAAGCGAGGCUCUGUGGCCUCAUCUGCCACAAGCUAUAUGGGAUGACGUGGUUGUACUUACCCCCUGGGACCUCUAUUCCUCCUAUGGUGAUGUGGAUAUACUUCGACGACAGUAUCCCAGUAUGCUAGCGUGGAUUGACCGCGGUAUCCGAAGAGGUCCCGAUGGACUAUGGGAUCCGACACUGUGGCAGCUGGGCGACUGGUUAGAUCCCACAGCUCCUCCAAUCGAGCCAGGCGAUGCCCGCACAAAUGGAACCUUAGUCGCAGACACAUAUCUUGUCCAUGUUACCUCGACAAUCGUGAAAAUCUGCGACGUCCUUGGACAAGAGGCUGAUGCAACCCGUUACCGAGAUGACGCGAGACGACUCAAAGCCCAAUUCCAACAAAAGUACAUCGCCCCCUCCGGUCUAUUGGUGGGAGAUACACAAACCGCCCUGAGUCUAGCCAUCAUGUUCGAUCUUCACGAAAAUCCCGAGCAACUAAAGGCAGCAGGGAACCGGCUCGUUGACCUGGUCCGACUGGCCAAAUUCCGAGUUGCCACCGGUUUUGCUGGCACACCAAUCAUCACACACGCACUUACCAAAACCGGUCAUCAUCAGGUCGCUUAUCGCAUGUUGCUGGAGAAGAACAGACCAUCCUGGAUGUACCCAAUCACCAUGGGCGCCACGACGAUGUGGGAAAGAUGGGACAGCAUGCUCCCUGAUGGAUCGAUCAAUCCCGGCGAAAUGACCAGCUUCAAUCAUUACGCCCUGGGAUCAAUAAUCAACUGGCUUCAUUCGACGGUUGCUGGUGUAAGACCUGUCUCGCCAGGAUGGAAGGAAAUCCUCAUUGAGCCAAUCCCAGGCGGAACGAUUGAUUCAGCCAGAGUUGCGUAUGAGACACCGUACGGACGACUGGAGUGUCAGUGGAGGGUAUUGGUUGAUGAGCAGCGGUUCGAGAUGGAGCUGCUCAUUCCAGUCAACUCCACGGCUCAUGUCAUACUGCCUGGAGAUCGACUCCGAAAGACGGAUCGAAGCCAUGGGGUGCGGGUUGGAUCAGGACGUCAUCGUUUCGAGUGCCAGUGGGAUGCGAGUGAGUAUCAACGUGGGUGGCCGCCACAGGCGAUUAUUCCUAUUAUGCGAAAGCCCGGCCCAGAUAGUAUUGCUUGA